UUUCAAUGAACAGAAAUUCUUUGCAUAAUAUGCCAGUUUGUGAACAUAUUUAGAGUAAACAUGGGGAAAGUUGUGUUGGUGACCGGUGCAAACAGUGGCAUAGGACUGGCGCUGUGCGAACGUCUCCUUGCCCAGGACAGUCAGCUGCAGCUCUGUCUGGCCUGUAGAAACAUGCAGCGGGCGGAGUCGGCUCGCCGGGCCCUGCUCACCUCCCACGCCAACGCCCAGGUCUCUCUGCUCCAGCUGGAUGUGGGCAACCUGUGCUCCGUCCUACGGGCCGCCCAGGAGGUCAAACAGAGGUUCAACAGGCUGGAUUACCUAUACCUCAACGCUGGAAUCAUGCCCAACCCCCAGCUAGACAUCAAGGCCUUUUUCCGAGGGCUGUUCUCAAGCAAUGUCAUUCGCAUGUUUGCUACUGCAGAGGGCAUUCUUACCCAGCAGGACAAAGUGACCUCUGACGGGAUCCAGGAGGUGUUUGUGACCAAUCUCUUUGGUCAUUUCCUUCUGGUGAGAGAGCUGGAGCCCUUGCUGUGCCAGGCUGGCCGUUCCUCUCAGGUCAUCUGGACGUCGUCCAGUAACGCCCGCCGUUCUGCCUUUAGUCUGGACGACAUUCAGCACAGAGAGGGCAGAGAACCCUACAGCUCCUCUAAAUAUGCCUCUGACCUACUCAGCCUGGCCCUUAACCGACACCACAACAAACAGGGGUUGUAUUCAUCUGUGAUUUGUCCAGGCCUUGUGAUGACUAACCUGACCUAUGGCAUCCUGCCCUCAUUCUUCUGGUCUCUCAUUAUGCCCAUAAUGUGGUUGAUAAGAAUUUUCACCAACACUUUCACCCUCACACCUUAUAAUGGAGCAGAGGCUUUGUUCUGGCUGUUUAUGCAGAAACCCGAGUCGCUGGAUCCAAUGGUCAAAUACCACAGUUUAACCUCUGGCCUGGGGAACAAUUAUACAGCAGCCCGCAAGAUGGACAUUGAUGAAAACACAGCAGAAUCCCUGUAUGAGCAACUGUUAGAGCUUGAAGACAGAGUGAGAAAGAGACUGAAAGAGGAAGACUCUGGUAUCAAAGCGUAAGACCAGCUCAAUGGACAUGACUUUUGAGGACCAGCUUGUGUCUGAAAACUAUCAGAGGGCUUCCAGAAAACACACACACACACACAUUAUGAAAAUGCCUAAGAUCAAAACAAAAGUGCUGCUGGACUUUAUCGUGUUAUAUACGGAAAUGAGACUGCACAGUCGGCCCUUGGUGGUUUAGGGGCGCGGGACCCCCACAAAAGUGGAAAAACGGCGAAUAUCUCUAGGCCCCCGCUAACCCUUCACCUGUUAACACUGCUGACCAUAUCUGACAAACAAAGAAAGUAAAACAAAACACUGUAUUGCAUUUAUGAUUUACUAAACUUUUUUUUUAGUUUUCUUUACAUGUUCUAGUCUAGUUUUCUGCAGUAGGCCGCAAAACUCCUCAAAAAAAAAAAAUCCCAUUUAAUUAUUGAUGGCAAAUUUGCAAAUAAUCAAACCUGCAAAAGUUAAAGCCGCGAAAGUCGAGGUUUGACUGUCUCUCUCUCUCUCUC